AUGUGCACAUGUUCACAUUUCAUCAGACGAAGGAAUAUCAACAAAAUGUACUUAUACGUAUUAUUAUCAACCCAAACAAUAAUUCGCUUAGUCAAUGAAAUCAUAUCUCAUUUGCUAAUUCGUGUGUAUGUAGCACGACAUUCUUCUCACACACAGACAGACGAGGCGAGAUCCGCAAAUGUUAAUAUGACUUGGAUAAGUGAAAGAAUAAGCAAGGGGAAUAUAUUCCAGCAGGCGCCGAAAAAACUUGUUAACCGUGAAGUAAGCGCUAGCAACUUUGUCAUCAGAAAACUGUACUUCUUUUUUUGUCUCCAAUUCUUUAUGGACAACAUCAGCGAGAAGAAACCUUUUGAUAUGAUGAAUAACUUUACAAACACCACAACACAAAACUCUCUAGAAGACACUAAAAGAAUCCUUGGCAGUUUCCUUCUCGUCUUGUCUCUCUUUGGUUUGGUAACAUACAUCAUAUUCAUCGUGCUCGUGUUCACAAGAAAACGCUUCCAUCAGCAAUCAUUUUUCGUCAUUGCCGGCUGGCUUGGUAUCGCGGAUUGCAUCUGUUUAAUUUUAAUGAUUGGUUACGCUUCGCCGUGUAUAAUAUUACAAGCAAGUCUAAGCAGCAGCAGGGUCAUUGGUGGUAUCCUCAACAUAGGUUGGUUCAGCGGAUUGCCCUUAAUUACUUUACUAGCAGGAAAUAGAUAUUUUUGCAUUUGUGAUCGGGAAAGAUUUAGAAAAAUUUUUACAUCACAAAACACAGGAUAUUUAUGUCUGGGAUCAUGGCUGUUUGGUGCAGCCUAUUCCAUUCCAACAUUCUUUUCCUGCUGUUCUCUCAAAUUUGACUCCACUAUCAUGUCCUGGAGUUGGAAGGCAAAUCAGGAUAAAACAAUUUAUCUUGACUAUGCAGAACUAGUCAUGGUUGUAUUGACGUUCAUAAUAAUCUAUGUGUUCAAUGCAUGUGUCUUAAGAAAAAUCCAUCAAGUUGGUGCCCAAAUGAGAUUCAGCAUGAUUCGCGAACAAAGGCGACUUUUUUAUGAGAAAAAAAUCUUCUUUCAGUUUCUUAUUACCUCAUCAUGGCUACUUAUUUUCGACGUUCCGUUCGUAGCCAUUGGAUAUAUGUCGAGCGUGACGUAUAAAUUUGGCAUCUUCGUUACCAUGGCUUACGUGGUCAACUGUUCUAUUAACGGAUGGGUAUACUUGUUUAUGAAUAAAACUGUUCAAGCGGAAAUUAAAAGAAGCCUUUAUAAGAGGGCGCCUGUUAGUCCAAUCAAAAGCGUGACUUCAACUCGAAUCUCUAUCAUCACAUGGAAAAAACAUACCGUGGAAAUGAAGAGUUAUUCGAAAGAUAAUUACCAUGUUUGCGGUAUUGAACUAAAAAGAGUAUUGUUUAGAAGGCUGGUGGCCAACGACCGCACCCUUGUCACAUUUGAGACCUACAAGACGGCACAUAAGCCUUUGCCAUGA